AAUUAACCUCACUUUAAAAUCUCGUAAAAAGAAGUUUUUCUUAGGUUAGAUAAAAAAAAGUUUAUUUUAAUUUUAAAUAACUAAAAAGUUGAUUUAUUAAUUUAAAAAUGAAUUUAUUACCAAAAUCCAAGGAAGAAUUUAGCCAGAAGGAAUACUGGGAUGCAUUCUUUAAAAAAAGAGGAAACAAGGCAUUCGAAUGGUACGGUGAAUAUCCAGAAUUAGCAGACCAUUUGCACAAAUAUAUAAAAAAGCAAGACAAUAUCCUUAUCACUGGUUGUGGUAAUUCAACUUUAGGUAGAGAUCUAUACGAUAUCGGUUACAACAAAGUGACAAACAUUGAUAUAUCUCAGGUAGUCAUCAGGCAAAUGUUAUCUCAAAAUGAAAAGCAAAGAGACAACUUGAAAUACAUCCAAAUGGAUGUUUUAAACAUGUCUUUCGAGAACGAUGAAUUCAGCGUCGUAUUAGAUAAGGGUACACUCGAUGCUUUGAUGCCGGACGAUUCUACACAAACCUUAGAAAACAUUAAACAAUAUUUCGACGAGAUCAAAAGGGUGCUUAAAAUCGGGGGUCGAUACAUCUGCAUAUCGUUAUUACAAGAGCACAUCCUGAAGUACGCCUUGGACUAUUUCCCGUCUAAUAAUUUCAUGUUCAGGAUAGUCCGUUGCUUCGAAGCUGAAGCCAAAGCCAGCGAUAACAACGAAAACACAUUACCCGUUUUCAUUAUGAUUUGCACCAAAUUCAAAACAUUGCCACAUAAAUUAUUGGAGUUAAAUCUGGGAUCUCUCGACAAGAUGCAGAGAUGCACCUGCGAAUCCGAUGUAGCCUCUCAAAUAUUAAACGUUCAGAACGUUUCUUUUAUCUGUUCCGGUUUGAAAAAGACUUCUAUAGACGCCGAAAGUGAAAUCGUGUUAGAUUUAUACGAGCAAGGAUCGUCGAAACCCCGUUUUACUUUAUACGUAGUUGAUAUCGAACCGAAACCAACUCACGAUCAGUACGCAGCAUUUAUUGUACCAGAAGGAAGGGAGGCAGAAUGGCUGUUUUCCACUUCGAACGGUAGAAAGAAGUUAGUGGAAAUAACGAAAUAUAAUAGAUUAGCUAUUAUUACCCUUCACAGGGAGCAAAAAUACGAUUCAUUCGAAGCUGUACAACUAGAAUUAUCUAAUGUUGUGUGUAAUCUAGCUCCUGCUCAUUUAAAAAACAAGAAGAUUGCCUUCUUGUCUUUGGGAUCCGACGUGGGUCACAGAAUAUUGAGAUACAAAGGAUGCUCGAAGUUGUCCGGGGAGUUUGUGGUAGAAGACGUAGUGACUGAAAAUAACGAGAAAUAUCGCCGAUUGUUCUAUUUAAAUUCUCAACUGGUGAUACAGUCGGAAGCGAAAUUAAGGACGAUAAAAUCCAGAAAGGGCGCAGUCAAAGAAGUCGUCGAUCCGAUCCUUUUGACCUGUAGACACCACGUGUACAUGUCUUUGGCGACCCAUUUAAUAUGCAGUAGAAAUGCAAAAGCGAAUGUGGCAGUUGUAGGAUUGGGCGGAGGAGGGCUUUGCCUGUUUUUGCACAAAUUUAUGCCGAAAAUUAAUAUAUUAGGUAUUGAUAUCGACGAAGAUAUGUUGAAAGUGGCUAGAGAAUGGUUCGAUUUUAAAGAAGACGAUAAAUUAAAGUCUAGAAUUCAGGAUGGUAUCGAAUGGUUGGAAGAUAUCUCGAAAAAAGGUGAAACUUUGGACGCUUUGCUCUUUGAUGUAGAUAGUAAAGAUUCAUCGAUUGGUAUGAGUUGCCCUCCGAGAGAAUUUUUAGAAGUAAACGUCCUGCGAAACGUAGCAAAAGUUAUUGCGAAUUCUGGUUUGUUCAUAUUGAAUCUCGUUGUGAGAGAUAAUGCGCUCAGGCCGAGCGUGUUGAGCACAUUGAAAACACAUUUUCAAUCGAUCAUCAGUUACAAAUUGCAAGAGGAUUUAAACGAAAUAUUUAUUUGUUCUAACAAAUCGAUUCAGAUGGACGAUUUGAAAGAGGCUUGUUCCGAAUUGAACUCGUUUUUCAAAAAGCACCACAUCAGCGAGAACGGCGUCGAUACCGAUAAAUUCAUGAAAGCUUUGGUUACUCAAUCUGUUUUUAUUUGAUACAAAACGUUUUAUAAUUAAUUACAUAUUUAGACAAAAUUAGCGUGUUUCGUACGCUUAU